AUGAAUCAAUUUUCAAAUUCAACUUUCUCGAUCAACAAGUAAGCUUCAAAUGAAAAAAUUUUAUUCUACGUUUUUACUCUGUAUAACUGUAUAUAAUAUGAACAAUAUAAUGGUAUUAUUAUUAUCUUUUUUAUCAUUAAUAUUAACUUUAUACUGUUCCUUGAUAAUAAAUUUGAAAUUCGAAAACCAAUAUUUACAAUUUAAUUUCUAGAACAGUUCAAACAACUAUAUCGAUUAAUAUUUCCACUGUAUUUAAUACAGCAACUGUAAUUAAUCCAUAAAAAAUAAUAAAAGGAUAAUCGAUAUCUUGUUCAAUCAUUAGUAUAUAAUUCUGUAUAAAGUAUUAUUCAUUCGAAUAUAGACGUGUAUGUAUAUACGUUCGAAUAGAUUAUAAAAAAGUUUAAAUAUAGAUCAUACGAACUUCCUAUCAAUAUAUACGUAUAAACUGCCAUUUAAGACAAGUACUAUAUUCUAAUACUUUGAUAAUAUAUAGAUAGAAAUAACAGUAAAUUAUUAUUUAUUAAAAAUCGUAAGUUAAAAAGCAAAUAAUUGACUUUCAAAAUUCGACGACUAAUAAUAGAUUGAAAUUCUUUUCAAUUAUUGUUAUUAUUCAUUUUCUUAAGUGGGCUAAUUUAUAUAUAUACUUUUAUGUAAAAUCUCCUUGUUUCUUACGAUGCAGGGCAUAAAUUAAAUAGAUAAUCUUAUGAUGCAAUUUGGCAUAAAUUAAAUAAAUUCCAAUAAUUAAACUAAAACUGAAAUCAUAUUCUAAGACUUCAAAAGAAAAUACCAGGGACAUAACAAGUACUAUAGAAAUUGUUCUCGAAAUUUAUGAUGUGUAAUAUUUCAAGUAGGAUAGUUUAGGUACUUAGUCCAGGUAGAUAGAAGAGUGGGAGGUAUCCCUAAAAGAUUUGGUUCAGGUAAAUUACCACAGGGGUAUAUAAGGUUGCGAACUGCUUAGUUCGUCAUUUAGUUUCAGUUGAGACAGAACAUUCGUAGUCGUCCAAAGUUAGAAUUUAUCCGACGUAUCCAGAUACGGAAGUGAUUUUGUCCAGAAAACCAUCUUCGCAGUGAAAAUAGUUUUAUUAUAAGGUAUUUUCUAUCGUUACUUUCAUUUAGUUUAAAAUAGACUAUCAAUUUAAUUUUUUGACCAACUAUCAUUCCAAAAGAAACGUGUUCAUAUUUUUUUCCUAAUUUCUUAUUUUACUUCGUAUAUUUUAGUAAAAAAAUGCCACGACGAUGCAGAAAUCAUCUGGUUGAAGAAAGAACAUUUAGACGACGGUUAAGAAAUAUACCAUCGAGUCACAUAAUAGUACGCUACGAUUGCCCGUGUGGUCACUACACAACAUAUUUCACCAUGCAUCAUUAUAUUUUGUUGCACUUGUUGGGAUUCAGAACUCCACUACGUCACUUAGAAGAUGCAGGUCCAUAUCUUAAUUUAUUAAGCGAAUUACAAGAACAGAGAGAGUUAGAAAUAAAACAGAAUGGUGACGACAAUAAUAAUGAUGAUGAAAAUAAUAAUGACUCUGAAAUUAUUGAACGAUAA